UUUAUCCACUCCAGCUUCAGCCACACCACCAGCAGCAUCAGCAGCAUCAUCAGCAUCAGCAGAGAUGGGGAAGCGCGUGGCUGUGUUGCUGGCGGGGUGCGGGGCCUAUGACGGAAGCGAAAUCCACGAGGCGUCCGCGGCGCUCGUUCACCUGAGCAGAGCGGGAGCCGAGGUGACGGUGUUCGCCCCGGACGUGGCGCAGCACCACGUGGUGGACCACGCGAGCGGCAAGGAGCAGAGCGGGGAGACGGAGCGGAACGUGCUGCGCGAGAGCUCGCGGAUCGCACGCGGCGCCGCGCGCGACCUGGCGCAGCUCCGCGUCGCCGACUUCGACGCGCUGCUCGUGCCUGGUGGGUUCGGCGUGGCCAAGAACUUGAGCUCGUGGGCCUCCGAGGGCGCGAGCUGCUCGCUGCUGCCGGGCGUGGAGGCGGCGCUGCGCGCCUUCAGGGAGGCGGACAAACCCGUGGCGCUGUGCUGCAUCGCCCCCGUGCUCGCCGCGAGGCUCUUCCCGGGAUGCGAGCUCACGGUCGGGGGCGACAGCGAGCAGGGGGGCAGGUUCCCCUACGCGGGCACGGCCGCCGCCAUCCGCGAGCUGGGCUGCACGCACGUGUGCACGGACGUGGGCGAGGCGCACGUGGAUGCCAAGCUGAAGAUCGUGACCACGAGCGCAUUCAUGUGCGCCACGGCGCCCAUCCACCACGUGUACGACGGCGUCGGCGUCAUGGUGCAGGAGAUGCUCAAGCUCGCGUGAGCGGGCGGGCGAGGGGGAGGGGGGCGGGGGUCAGAAGGUGGGGGCGCUGGUGACCCCCCCCCCCACCCAGCCCCUCCAAAUCUUCUUCCGCUGACCCAGAUCCUCUCCUAUCCUGGUCACGGCUGUGUUUAGUGUUGCUGCUAUUGUUGUUGCUGUCUGUGUCUUUGCUUCUCGUGAAUAAAGUUUAUUGCGCUGCA